CGCUACGGGGCGAAGGCGACAGCCGUUCGAACGCUUCUCGGGGCUGCUGCGGCCGUCCUCCGAUCACUAGCCGGGUCAGCCGACCCUGGAGAAGUCCCACCUUCUUCUCGGAGGACAGACGACAGGAGUCCGUUGCCUGUCUGCUUGCCUGCCUACCUGCCAGGCAGUGCUCGCCGCGUAGUUCCAGUUGGGGAAACGUCAGCGAUGAAACUGACGAGGCGAUGCUCGCGGUCUUGAAUUAUCCAGCGUCGCGUCUUUUACAAUGCAGGUUUGAAGAAGCCCGGGACCCGCUCGGCGCCAGAAGGGUUAAAGAUGAUGAGGAAAAAGAGAAAGCGCGGAGGCCCGAUCGCCUGCUCAUGCAGCGGCCCCGACGCCGACGUCGCCCCACCGCUGGAGUCCCGAAGAGCUGCAUGGACGGGCAUGGGGAGAGCAGCCCCUUUCUGCGCCAUCGCCUCCGCCGCCAAGGCUGAGGAGCAGCAGCAGGAGCACCGUCGUCGUCCGCGACCCCCGUCGCGUCUGCCUGCCUUUCUCCUCUUCAGCCUGGGGCUGCUCCUACACACAGGUGAUUGCCAGCUGCAAACACCAUGUCGAAUCCAGAAGUGCACCACGGACUUUGUGUCGCUAACUUCUCACCUAAACUCUGCUGCUGAUGGCUUUGAUUUGGAAUUCUGCAAAGCUCUGCGUGCGUAUUCUGCCUGCACCUACCGCAAUUCCAAAGUUUGCCGUGGAAAUCUGGUCUAUCAUUCUGCUGUGUUGGGGAUCAGUGAUCUCAUGAGCCAGAGAAACUGCUCCAAGGAUGGUCCAACAUCCUCUACUAAUCCUGAAGUUACCCAUGACCCAUGUAAUUACAGUGGCCGCCAAGGAGUCAGAGAACUUCAUGGAGGAGAGAAAACCCCUCCUACUUACUUUUUCUGUGGCUUGUUUGGAGAUCCCCAUCUGCGGACCUUUAAGGAUCACUUUCAGACAUGCAAAGUGGAAGGGGCUUGGCCCCUGAUAGAUAACAACUACUUGUCAGUGCAAGUGACGAAUGUGCCUGUGGUCCCAAGAUCCAGUGCUACUGCAACAAAUAAGAUAACCAUUAUUUUUAAAUCUUACCAAGACUGCACAGAUCAGAAGGUGUACCAGGCAGUGACUGAUGAUUUGCCAGCUGCUUUUGUAGAUGGCACAACUAGCGGUGGUGAUGGCGACACCAAGAGCUUGCACAUUGUGGAGAGAGUCAGCGGCAAGUAUGUGGAAAUGCAUGCCAGGUACAUUGGGACCACUGUGUUUGUGCGCCAGGUUGGCCGUUACUUAACACUAGCCAUACGCAUGCCAGAAGAGCUAGCUAUGGCUUAUGAAGAGAGCCAGGACCUACAGCUCUGUGUGAAUGGGUGCCCUUCAAGCGAACGCAUUGAUGACAGCGGGCACCUCCCUUUGCCAGUGAUGGGGCAGUUCCUUCCUCCUGGUGCUUCAAGCCAGAGCCGGUCUGUGUACACACUGGAGAGUGCAACGACGAAAUGCCAUGAGAAGAUGCUGUUGAAAGACAUCUAUUUUUACUCUUGUGUAUUUGAUUUGCUCACCACCGGCGAUGCCAAUUUCACAGCCGCUGCCCAUAGUGCCUUGCAGGAUGUUGAGGCACUACACCCCAGGAAGGAGCGGUGGCACAUCUUCCCCAACAACAGGGGAAACAGUCAGGGGCAGGCCUUGUGUCUUAGUCUUGGACUUGUCUGCUUGAUGCUUGUUGUGUUUUUGUAGGGUUGUCUUGAUUUUUUGUUUGUUGAGAACAAAGGUUUUAAAAUAUAUAUUGUCAUAAUAUAUAGACUUAAAGAGUAUAUAUGUAUAUACCAUGUAUAUGAAGGGAUGCUUUAUUUGGUCCUGGGACGCUGAAGAGAUUGUACAUAUUGUGUUGCCAUUUUUUUAUGUAUGUUGGAUGUAAUAUUCUUUUUUUGAUUGUAAUACUUUUUUUUCUUUGCAGUUGGUGAGAUGUUUUAUAGUGUCCUUUCAUCAGGACCCAAUAGAAAGCACUUUAUUUUUUAUAUAUUAAAUAUUUAUGUGUAUCUAGGUAAUAUGUAAAGCAUAUAUCCACAUGUACAUAUAUCAUACCCAGUGCUCCCUCUUAAGUAUUACCUAGCUUAACUCAUGAUCUUCUGUGAUCCCUUUUCUCUCCUAUCUUUCUCAUUCCUUUUGGCCAGUUAAGACAACUCAAGAAGCUGGCUGGGAAGAUGGGUACAGGUCUGGGAUGAGCUGACUCUUCCUUUGGACCCUGGGCCAGUAGCCAGCCUUUGCUUCAUAGGAACAGAGAAAUAAUUUGCCAUGGGUCCUCACAAUUGGAACCUUCAGUGCUGCAUCUAAUUUAUUGCUGAUGCAGAUCAAUUUUGUCUUUAGUCUCCUGAGGACUGCGUUUUUUAUGUGGUAUUUUGUACUUGAGUAUUGAUGCACAAGUGCAAAAUGCACAUCUUGCAUCAGUUAUGAAGGGUGCGUAUGUAGAAAAUUGUGUCCUUAUCCCCUCCUUCCAAAUGUGUGCAAAUGGGACCCGAACUUAUUGAGGUUUUUGGGAUUCCAUCCCAAUAUAUAUUGAUUAUAUGGGUAUCUUCAAGAGGUUCGUAUUAUAUGUGUAUCCUAUGAUAGUGGUAGGCCUCUCCGGGUUGAACAUGGUUGAUUUACCCUACCCACCCUAGAAACCUUCAGUCUACUUAAACUAGCAGCAACUGCCAAAAAAAAAAAAAAUCUAAAGCUUGGAAAUAAACCUUUUAGCAUUCUGAUGUAGGUUUGUGUCUGAAAGGAGAGGCAGAAAAUAAGGAAACGCAGCAGUCUGGUUUGAAGAGCUUGCUGUGCUUUUCCCCAAAGAUGGGGAAGCUGUUGGGCUCCUGACUCCCAUCAGCUUUAGCCAGCAUGGCUAAUGUCAGGGAUGAUGGGAGAUGGAAUCCAACCACAUAUAAGGAGGACCACAGCUUCCCCAUCCCUGGGUUACAGCCUGCAUCACCCAGUGCAUUAUCUUGAUAAAAUGGGCUGCAGGCUGUGAACGCAUAUGCCACAAGAAAUCAGUCAAUCUUUUACAAUGCCACGAGGUUCUCCUUGCGUGUGCAUGUUUUGCAACAGUUGACUGUGGUUAGCCUUCUGGAAGCUACUGCAAUUAAAAUUAAGCAAGUUGCCAAAAACGGAUCAAGAAAUUAUGACCAGGCAACCCAAGCCUCCCCUAAGGAAGUGCUCCCGUUCCCUUCCUCAGACCUGCCCGAGACAAUGUCCUUGCUCCAAAUAUUUAUAUACUAGGGGCUAGGGGAUCAAAGUGGGGUAUGAAUGGGUGCUGUCUCCCUUCUUGGGACUUGUGCAGUGUUUAAAAAAAUGAGUGGAGAGUUAUUGGCAUCCUUGGAUCUAAAGCCCUCCUUUUUAGCUUCAGCCCCCAUCCCCAAAUUUAAAACAGGGCUUUUAUAUUGGCCUGCAUUUCAGGGCUCGUUAUGAAAUACUGAAAAACCAAACAAAUGCAUCAUCAUACUAGUUCACCUCAUGGUAACAUUGCUCACUUUUAGUGCUGGAACUGGAGGAAAUAUUUAUAUCCCCUUUUGCAAUACUGGAGAGAAUUGGAAAUGCUGUUUAAAUUUUUUUUGCGUAAGGUGAAAUUGCUGGCCAGUGUGUAAAUGAAUUUUAUUGAGGCUCAGAAUACUGUGCUGAAUUUGCUGUUUAGUCUUUUUUCCCCAUUACUUCAAUGAUUUAAAUCCUGCAUUUUUUUUUUAAGAAAGGCUGCCUUUUGUUGAUGGUUGGGGCAGCAUAGAAUUUGAAGCAAAACUUCCUUUUUCUCUCCCCUUGCCCCCUCUAUCUUGUAUGGAGAAAAACAUGAUGGUCUUAGAAUAGUUGAAGCUUACCAUGUUUGUGUGCCAAGUGGAAAGGUAUUUGUGGAAGAAGCCUGGUAGACAAGCCUAGAGUUGUAGCUGCAAUGUGAGCCCAUCGUAAACAACAGCUGUGUCCUAGCUAAUUUCCUGUGUUCCCAAGCCCCACGAGUGUGUAUGUACACUAAUAUCUAAAUCAUAAAGUUCAGAGAUAAGUAAUUCAGAAAUGUAAGUAUCUGGAGUGUUUUUUUUCCCUUCUCAUUUUCUUGUUUCUGCUGUGGGAUUUCUUGAGAAAAUGUUAUUUGCACAUGUUGGCCCUUGAAGUCCACCACAGUCAAGAGAGCUUUAGUUAAUGCCAAACAUAUGGAUAGUUUGAAGCGAGUGAGCGGUCUCUGGGGAAAACCUGCGCUUAGAGGGAACACUGGUUUUCACAGGCGCUCCAAAAGGCUGUCUCUCUUAGAAGGCUUCAAACUUAUUUUUAUGCUUGAAAGAUAAGAAAAACCCAGUGUGCCCAGUCUUUACAAAGCUCCUUUAGAUGUGGUUAAUGGAUAUACUGAUGAGUAUACAUUUGUGUUAAAAAAUAAAGAAAGCAAAGAGAGUGACUGUGCAGUGUAUAAAUAGUUUAAAUUAUUAUGAUAGAAGAAUAAAGCUACAUAUCAUGCUGUGGAA